AUGGCAAGCUGGCAAAUUCUUUUCGACGGUUCUGUCUUUACCCGUGCUGUCUACUACUCGGCUUGCUCGUUGUUCGACGAGGAGGGUCUCGCUGACUGCGAUGGUGAAGACAUCGCUAAUCUGUUGACUAUUGUUCACCCGCUUAUGAUUCACUACGUCCGUUCCCUCGAUGAUGGCUCUCAAGAAACUCCCGGUGACCUUCGCGUUCGUAAAUCGCUUUACAAUGCGUGGGCCGUCUUGAGUACCGAUCACGCCAAUCCGGAUUGGGAUGAGUGGAUGCUCGAGGCACCUCUCGAAGACGAAUAUUAUGCUGAGGAGGAUUGUCUUACUGGAGACUUCAUCAUUACUCCUUUGAGUAAUGAUGAACUUCUUCAAGUUCUCCCUGCGAUUUGUGACGCGCCCGUCAGGGCAAAUCCUUUCCUGGCGCCGUCUACGCCUAUUGCUCGUCGUCACCCAUCGCCGAUUGCAGAACGCGCUCCUUCGCCUGUCCAUACUCCAUCGCCCAUUCGCGAGGAAUCUGUCCAGCCAAUUUCGCCAUCCUUCAAACGUCGUGUGGGUCUUCUUGACUCACCCGAUUUAAUUCGGUUUUCGCCCACUCCGCCCCACAGCUUUCCUGCUGCCGGACCUUCUCGUGCUCCUGGCGUGGGUUCCGCCGACGCGCCUAUCCCUCUUUUCCUGUCUCCCACGCCACCUCCUGGCAUUAUGCUGCCUGUCACUCCUCUCCCAGCUGCAUCUGCAAACGCUCCGACGAUCCUCGUGGUUCCCCGCCUCAAUAUUCCUAAGGUGGAGAUGCACACACGUCGUGAUCGUCCUGCAAAGGCUCUCGCCAAGAUGAAGAACACGCUCGUACUUGCGCCAAGCACGAAAUCCAAGGCGAGUAAACGCAAGCGGAGCCCCAGUGAAGAAGGAGAGGAUGGCCAAUCGGACAAGUCAUUCAUUGCUAAUCCACCUCCUCGUAAACGUGGACGACCCCGUAAGAACUCGCCGGAGGUCAUCAACCCCGACUUGACGCGCGAUAAGAAACGCCUCUUUCCUCCUCAUCAGCGGUUUAUCGGAGCGUUCAACGUCCCUACCGACUUAGAGCAUCUUUUCAACAAGCCUUUUAUGCCCGAGCCUUGCGUUCAAUGCUCCAUGGGCAAGAACCGAAAGGAGGAGAAAUGCCAGUUUCAAGGCUGGGGUUACCCCUGCGUGCCCUGCAAAACUGCGCAUUUCACUUGCUGUGAAUACAGCCUCAAGCCUGUCCGUCGUGCCGAAGUCCGCGGCAUUCUGGGACGUCGCCCUGCUCGCUUGGCUCCUGAACUUAUCGUUUUUCAUAUUCAAGACGCUGUGUUCGAUCAACAGCACAUCCGCGCGAAUCAAGCAAUCAUCGACUCCCUUAUGUAUCGUCGGGACACCAACAUGCGCCGUGCUGCCCAAGCACUCUUCGAUCUCGCCGCUAUCGAAGGCAAGGAGAGCUUGGUCGGUACUAUUUUUCAAACGCAGGACGACUUCGACCAUUAUUUCCCUUUCAUCAUGUCCUUCCUUGGCGACCUCAGCGCCCCUGUCGAUGAUUCCGAAGAUGAAGAUGCCACCAAGAACUCUCGCGACAAUCUUGCAGAGAUGGCCGUUCUGUUCGAGAAGAUCUGCCCUGGUCGUCCUUCUGCCGAAGACUCUGAUGAUGACAAUGAAGACAAUGAAGACGAGGCUCCGGCCAACGAUGGUUUUUAUUAG